GUCGUCAAGUGCGGCGUCGAAGCCAGCUGUACGCACGGCGUGUGCGUGACCGGCGCCACCAACCAGGAGUUGGAUUCGCUGCGCAGCAUUGCCUUCGACGCGACGGAACCCAGAGCCGGCGGAAAGUCCAAGACCAUGGGCUUUGCGCUGACGGGCGGCUGCGACUUCGAUCCCAUCCAUAGGUGCGCAGGCCCUUGGCAGCGCAUGACGCUGAAGCGGCUAGACUGGGAGAUGGAAGGCCUAGGCUGUUGGACAACCCCAGCCGACCAUGAAUACUGCCCGCUGCAGUACGCGCCAUGGACGACGAGGACGAGGAAACUCGUGGCGCAGUCCGUGGAGCGCUGGCAGUCGUCGAAGGUGCUCGAGCAGGCUGGGUUGCCGCAGGGCGUCCUGCCCCUCCGGCAGCUCCGCAGAUGGACGAGCGUCGGGAAGGGGUCGGCGGCUGAUGCCAAGCGAUGGCCACCGCUCACCGACGAGGAGAAGGGCUACGUGCGGUCAGUCCUGGUGGAUGGUCAGUGGCUCAAUGAGCGCAGGCACGCGGCGCGGCCUUGCCUCGCGCGGAGCCCCCUGUGCUCGAGGUGCGGGGCCGCGCCUGGUACGCCCCGGCACCAGCACGUCGAGUGCAGCGACGGCUGGGGGGGCCUCGACCUACCCGCGGCCAUGGCGGGACUGAAGGCGCACGGCGACAGCGACGCGGUUCGGGCGCUGGCGGGCAGGCUGCUCCUGGCCGAGCCGCGGCACCAUUGGGCGCCCAGCUGCGGAGACGUCCUGUGCGAUGUUCGAUGGCUGGUAGGCGGCGGCGACCCGUUCCUGGGCGGCGAGGUGUUCGUGGACGGCUCCGCCUUCGACGCGGAGGCAGCCGACCUGGCCGCGGCAGGUUGCGCAGUCAUCGCUUUGGCUUUGCCGCCGGGGCCGGAGUGGGCUGGGCUGCAGGGCCUGAUCCAGGACGUGGACGGGGGCAAGCUGCUAUCCUGCUGGCGUUGCGGCGCUCGAUGCCGCUAUUGGCGGUCCACUGGCGACUCGGCCAACGUCGUCAAAGGGCUCUACGAGCGGGGGCCGGCGCGCGUGGCGGAGCUGCGCGCCCCCCCGGCCUUGCGGGCCCGCUGGGGGCGGCAUCGCCUUGCCCUCGACGGCGUGGUCUUCUGGGUCGCCGGCGCUGGUUGCGCAGCGGCCCGCAGCCGGCGUGACGUGCAGGAGGGCGUCAGGCUGGAGGUGCCGCCCAGGGUAAUCCUGACCGUGACGCAGCACGACGUCGCGCAGCGCGCAGGGCAAGUGAGUUACUUGCGAUGCUGCCGCUCCAGCUCCCUCGACAGCGCGGCUGCGUUCUGGAGUUCCCAUUGCAACGCGCGGCCGGGGGCUUCGGUGCGUGGCGGCGCGGCCCCACCAGAGGGCCGCGCCUCGUCUGCCGCUGCGGCGCUGGCCCUGGCAGCUGCGGCGGCAGCGGCCGGGGGUGACCUCGAGCUUUUCGACGUGUUCGGAGUCGGCGAAGCUGCCGUUGACGACCGGGGGCGCGCCAUCAG